CCGAGUUUUUGUCAAUCAAGGGUUUUGUUUUUUACAAUCGCUUCGCUUAUAAGUCUCCUUCUAUAUACUAAGGUCUUCCUAUACAAUUAUUUUUGUUGCCGGCUUUGGUUUGGCUAUUACCUAUCCGGCCACAGAGUCCAGAGUCAUCUUUCUUUUUAGUAUUUUUCCAUGGAUUCGGAGGAUGAUAUGUUCCCUGUGAUCGACGCCAAAUCUCUCAGCGAUGACUCCAACGGCAACAACAUCGGCGGCUGCGGUGACGACACCGACAAUUACGACACCGAUGACAACUCGGCCAGUUGCGAUCAGCAACCCUAUAAAGUCCUGAACGAAGACGAUAUACGCCAGCGUCAAGAUGAUGAUAUUGUAAGUAUUUCUCUUGUUCUUUCUGUAACAAGAACAGCUUCAUCCAUACUAUUGCGUCACUAUAACUGGAGUGUGAGUGCCGUGCACGAGGCAUGGUUUGCUGAUGAAGAUGGCGUCCGCGAAGCUGUUGGUUUGUUGAAAAACCCGAUUGUUCGAUUUCGGAGCAAGAGAAAACUGACCUGUUGGAUCUGUUUAGAGAAGCGUCCC